CGUCUGUGUUGCGGCAGCAGUUCCACGUCAGCCGGAGGAGGUGGCGAGUGGGUCUGGACACACGGCGAGGGAGGGAGGGAGUGGCGGCGGGCGAUCGAGAUACCGGCUCCGAGGGACUCUGCGCUCCUCCCUGGGCUUGACACCAUAGAUUACCUACAUUCUUGGGAUAGCCUCCAAACGCUGCCAUCAUGACAGCUGCAGAAAAUGUCUGCUAUACACUCAUAAAUGUCUCGUUGGACUCUGAGCCUCCAAAUGAAAUUAGUCUAAAAGUAGACUUGGAAAAGGGAGAUGUGAAGACUAAAACUGAUGCAUUGAAGAAAGUGAUCAUCAUGAUUCUGAAUGGAGAGAAGCUCCCAGGGCUUCUCAUGACGAUCAUUCGGUUUGUGUUACCUCUGCAGGAUCACACAAUCAAAAAACUGCUGCUUGUCUUUUGGGAGAUUGUCCCUAAAACUACCGCCGAUGGCAAGUUGCUGCAGGAGAUGAUACUUGUGUGUGAUGCCUACAGAAAGGACCUACAACAUCCAAAUGAAUUUAUUCGAGGGUCCACUCUGCGCUUUUUGUGCAAGUUGAAAGAACCAGAGCUUUUAGAGCCAUUGAUGCCAGCUAUACGUGCCUGCCUGGAACAUCGACACAGUUAUGUGCGCAGAAAUGCUGUGUUGGCCAUUUACACCAUAUACAGGAACUUUGAAAACCUUAUUCCUGAUGCUCCUGAGUUGAUUCAUGAUUUCUUGGUGAAUGAAAAAGAUGCCAGUUGUAAACGGAAUGCUUUCAUGAUGCUUAUCCAUGCUGAUCAGGACCGAGCUCUGGAUUACCUGAGCACUUGUAUUGAUCAGGUUCAUACUUUUGGAGACAUUCUGCAGUUGGUUAUAGUGGAGCUGAUUUACAAGGUGUGCCACGCUAAUCCCACGGAGAGAGCCCGCUUCAUUCGCUGCAUCUACAAUUUACUACAGUCCUCAAGCCCUGCAGUAAAAUAUGAAGCUGCUGGUACUUUAGUUACCCUCUCAAGUGCUCCAACUGCCAUCAAGGCUGCUGCUCAGUGCUACAUCGAUUUGAUUAUUAAGGAGAGUGACAACAAUGUGAAACUGAUAGUUCUUGAUCGCCUAAUUGAACUUCGGGAGCAUCCCACACAUGAGAGUGGGCUGCAGGAUUUGGUGAUGGAUGUCCUGCGAGUUCUGACCUCAACGGAUUUAGAGGUACGCAAGAAAACGCUGCAGCUGGCACUGGAUCUAGUUUCUUCUCGUAAUGUUGAAGAGGUUCUAAAGAAAGAAGUCAUCAAAACAAAUAAUGUGUCAGAACAUGAAGACACCGACAAAUAUCGGCAGCUUCUGGAGACAUUACAUUCGUGCAGUGUCCGUUUUCCUGACAUGGCUGGAAAUGUUAUCCCAGUGUUGAUGGAAUUCCUUAGUGAUAACAACGAGGCAGCUGCUGCUGUUCUUGAAUUUGUCCGAGAAGCCAUUCAGUUUGAAAGCCUUCGUCCAGUUAUCAUUGAGAAAAUGUUGGUGUUCCAUGCCAUCAGAUCUGUCAAGAUAUACAGGGGAGCUCUUUGGAUUUUGGGCGAAUAUUGUAGCUCUAAGGAUGACAUUCAGAGUGUAAUGACUGAAGUUCGUCGGUCAUUAGGUGAGAUUCCAAUUGUUGAUUCUGAGAUAAAGAAGGAAACUGGUGAGCUGAAGCUGGAUGAUGACAUUCAAGUGGUUCCAACACAAAAACUUGUGACAGAGAUGGGAACCUAUGCAACUCAGAGCGCCCUCAGUGCAAGGCCUUCCAAAAAGGAUGAAGAUAGACCACCUCUGCGUGGAUUCCUGCUAGAUGGGGAUUUCUUUGUGGCUGGUGCCCUUGCGACUACAUUGACCAAGAUAGCGUUGCGUUACAUGGCACUUGUGCAGGAUAAAAAGAAGCAAAAUAGUUUUAUUGCAGAGGCCAUGCUAAUUAUGGCUACCAUUUUACACCUUGGUAAAUCAUCGCUCCCAAAGAAACCAAUCACUGAUGAUGAUGUGGACCGUAUCUCACUCUGCCUCAAAGUUCUUUCAGAGUUCCCACUGAUGAGUGAUAUUUUCAACAAAGAAUGCAGAAAAUCCCUCUCUCAAAUGCUGUCAGCCAAACUGGAAGAAGAGAAACUUUCCCAGAAGAAACAGUCUGAAAAGAGAAAUGUAAUUGUGCAGGCAGAUGAUCCCAUUUCCUUCAUGCAGCUGAUGGCCAAGAAUGAAAUGACCUCGAAGGAAGACCAGUUUCAACUCAGCUUAUUGGCUGCUAUGGGUAACACACAACGAAAAGAAGCUUCUGAUCCAUUGGCCUCCAAGCUCAGUAAGGUUACACAGUUGACUGGUUUCUCAGAUCCAGUGUAUGCAGAAGCUUACGUACAUGUUAAUCAGUAUGAUAUUGUACUUGACGUACUUGUGGUCAAUCAAACCAGUGACACACUUCAGAACUGCACUCUGGAAUUAGCUACAUUGGGUGAUCUUAAACUGGUAGAGAAACCUUCACCCCUGACUCUUGCUCCUCAUGAUUUUGCUAAUAUCAAGGCAAAUGUGAAAGUAGCUUCAACAGAAAAUGGCAUUAUUUUUAAAUUGAGAGAUUCGAAGCUUGAUCGAAGGAGACAGCUUUUUGCAGUUGGUGUUUAUGAUAUAUCUGGGGCAGCAAGUGACCGAAAUUGUGUGGUACUGAGUGACAUACACAUUGACAUCAUGGACUAUAUUCAGCCUGCAUUGUGCACUGAUGCAGAGUUUCGUCAGAUGUGGGCAGAAUUUGAAUGGGAGAACAAGGUUACUGUUAAUACGAACAUUACUGAUCUAAAUGAAUACUUGCAGCACAUUCUUAAAUCUACCAACAUGAAGUGUUUGACUCCAGAGAAGGCACUUUCUGGUUACUGUGGUUUUAUGGCUGCCAACCUCUAUGCGCGAUCCAUAUUUGGAGAAGAUGCACUUGCAAAUGUUAGCAUAGGACCAGUUCACCUUGGAUCCGAUGCUCCUGUGACUGGUCACGUACGCAUUCGAGCAAAGAGUCAAGGAAUGGCUCUCAGUUUGGGUGAUAAGAUCAACCUGUCCCAGAAGAAAGUGAAAGCAUAGCGGAUUUUUAAACACCUUUUUGGCUUCAAUUAAUGUUAGUUAAUCCACCAAUAUCCAAGUUUAUCUAAUACAAAUCAUAGAUGCUGAGUAUGCUGAAGAGAGCUUAUGAUUUGUGACCUUUCCAUAAAUGAAGCUUCUAUUAUACAA